CCCCAGGGAGCCGCUUUGGGGAAGAGGUUACUGUACACCACUAACAGGCUGCAGGUUCAUUCUUGUUAACUCUGCCCACCAUGUGACUGUAGAUAAGUGAUACCAGAGAAGCUCUCACACAUUAUUCCUCUAUGAAUGUUUUCUAUCAUUGAAAGAGGCUGAAGGUUUGGCAGAAAACUGCUGGAGAUGUUUUGGUUCGAGCAGGGGCUCUGCUUCCUGCCCGUGUUUCUGGUCGUCUGGUCCUCCUGCACCUUCAUCGUCCCUUACAUUAUUGCGCUCUUUAGAGGCGAUGUGGACAUCAUCUUCCCCUAUAUAAGUGACACGGGGGCAAAUCCACCCGAAAGCUGCAUUUUUGGCCUGAUGACCUUCAUUUCUGCAUGUGCAGGAAUUGCCACCAUAUAUGCCAGAUAUAAGUAUAUGGAGAAGCUGAAUGAGCGGAAUAGCCUUGUGAAACCAUGCCUUAAUAAAACAACACUCUGUUUGGGGAUUAUUGCCUGCUUCGGGAUGUGCAUAGUUGCUUCUUUUCAGGAAACAGCAGUCACAUCAGUCCACGAUGUAGGAGCGCUGUUAUUUUUCAUUUCUGGAGUUGUUUACAUUAUUCUGCAAUCUGUAAUAUCAUUCCAAGCAUGUCCGUACGGGUCGUCCAUCUGUAUGAGUCGAGUCCGUUUGCUGAUCUCACUCAUCGCUGCACUUGCAUUUUUUCCCACUUUGAUCUGUGCAGUUAUUGUUAAAAAAACAACCCUCCACUGGCACACAUCUGAUAAGGACUAUCCCUACCACUUAACCAGUGCUAUAUGUGAAUGGAUCGUCGCCUUCAGCUUCAUCUGCUUCUUCCUCACAUAUAUUGAGGAUUUCAAAAUGUUUAAGUUGCAAGUGAGGACAGAAUAUGAGGACUAGAUGAUCACUAUCACUGGGAUGAAUUUCAAUAUUUUGUGUAAUUCUGCUUUUAUUGCACUCGAUGGCUUUUUAUACUCAAAUUGUUUCACAAAUUAUUUUUUUAUACCUUAAAUUAUGGAUGCAUUAGCUGUAUGAUCGUUUUUUUAAAUCUUUUUAUACAAACAUUUUAAAUACGUUCGAAAAAAAUUUUUCCCAUUGUUUAAGCAUCACUUUGCACGUUGACUGUUGCCAUACCAUUGUGACACAUCCUGUGAGACCUUUGACCACUAAAGAGAAGUUCAUCACACAAAACACAUGACAGUGCAUGAGGGAGGAGAAAAUACAGCUAAAAACGAUACUAACCACUUUUUGCAAAUACGUUUUUUUACACAUUAGCCUUCUUCACACUUGGAGGAUAGUGUCAAAGAUAUGUGUAAAAGGCUUGGAGUAAUGUUAACGUUUGUUGCAGUACCACAUUUGCACCCUGAAAGGGUUGCUUCAUCUGCAUUUCAAUUUACUGGCUGUAUGUGGGCAAGUUCAGGCAAGUAUUAACUUACUGUUUUUCCUUUUGGAAACUUUGUUUUGUUGUCUUUUCCAUUUUGAGAAGCAGCUAAUUGAAAGGGUUUUUUUUGUGUCACGUUAAAUGCAUACCCCAAGAAAAAAGGAAGUCAUGGGGCACUUAGCCUACGUUCACACAGCAGCCGGAGGUGACCCGAAUACGAUUUUUUUGCCCAUAUGCGACCUGUAUCUGAUCUUUUCGUGGCAGUCUGAACGGCAAAGAUCCGAUUUUUUCCAAUGUGACCCAGGCCACUUGGCUAUGAGGUCCUGAAACCGAUACGUAUCUGAUCUUUUAAAAUGCCACCUGUGACUGAACAACCAGGUCGCAUUCAUCCGACCUGAAAGUCAUUAAUAAUAAACAUAGGUUACUAUUCUGCGCCUUGUUACACAGAAGCAGGAAGACAAACAACAGCUAUGGUGGACGAUUAUGCAGAGUGCAGUAUUUAUUUUUAUUUAACCAUCUGGAAAAGAUUGAAUUUUUAAGUUUGGGAAAGAUCGCUAGAUGAGUUCCAGAUGUGCUCUGUGUUUGCUGCCGUAAACACAGAGCAUCCCAUACAAAUCGCAUAUAUGUGGAAAUGUGAACAGUAAUUCACAAAAACAAUUAGAAUUGAGCAUUAAGGCCUGCAGUGUGAACGUAGCCUUAGUUAGAGGCGAUGUUCUAAUCCAGCGGCGGCGUCCUCCGAAGGCCAGAUUUGUCGGCCAAUUAUGUCAUAGCGCAGCAUGGUGACCUGAUUGAAUCUAAAGCUUCCUUCGUAUGCGGCCCGGUUAGAAGGACAGGUACGUUGCAUCCUUUGUAGCUUACACUAUCCCAUGAUUCAUUGCGAGUCCAUACAAUCCAUUCGCUGCUCCUUGCUCAGAGGAAAAAAAGAAAUGGUGUCAAAAAGUGGUGAAUGUUCUAAAGGCAGCUCUAUAGAAUACAAGUAUGAAUAAUUUUGUCUUAAAUGAAUGAGAAUUGUUUUGUGUAAAUGAUUAUUGAGUCAGAUAUGUGGCGGGUAAUGUUCGGUUAAUUGAAAGGUUUUAUCUGUCCCUGUACAAAUGGGUUUGCCUGACAUUUAAGCACAGAUUCCAGUAUCUCUGCAGUGUAGGGGCUAUGAAUCUGAUAUCCGCGAUGACAGAACUGCUGCUGAAGCUCCUCAGAAAUGAAAUUGGCACACAGACCAGUAGUAAGAAGUUUGACAUCCAUUCUUUGCCUGCUUUGUGAGUCAACUGUCACUGUUGCUAAGCAACAGAGCGUCGCUGUGUUAGGGGGGGUAACAGUCAGAUAAGGCUGUUUGAAUCUAUAGCCAAACUCUUCUGGCCUCCUUUUUUUCCCAUGGCCUUUGAAGGACCUAGUCCAGUUAAGCUGGCUCCGAACUCAGCCAAAGUGUGUAGAUACAUUUAUUUUUAAGUUUUUAAUGUAUACUUCUUAGUAGUGCCAAAGAUUUCGGAGGGUUUCUGUGAACAAAACCGAGACAUGUACAUGGACUAUGUGUAAAAAGAUAUAUUACGCCGUUUUCCUCCCUAUCUGACAUUAAAUCAGACGAAAAGUUUACUGUUUUAGGUCAGUUAAGACAAAAUAAAAAGUUUGUAUUUGCUGAACGGCAGAAUACUGCGGGACAGAUUUUUGAUCAAUUCCUGAAAUUCAGAAGUUUACAUAUGCCUCUAUGCCUUACUAUUGCUUUAAACAGUAAAGCCCAAUCAGCUUUUAAUCAGGGUUUAUUUACAAAAUUUAAAUUAUUUGUUUACCUGUUUUCUAGCUUAUAGUUAUAGCAUGCAGAAUUAUUACAUAUGCUUAAUUGAGAAUUUUGUAA